GUGCCUGUGGAUCACCGGCAGCGCCUUCCGCCCCUCACGAGAAGAGGUGCAGCAGCUCCUGGAAACAGAGGUAACGCCUCGAGAUGCCCGCCCAAUUGCGGAGGCUUCGAUGGUCCGAGACUUCGAGCCUGUGCUGCGUGCGGCAGCUCCUGUCGAGGCGGGUGCGGCUUUUCUGGCAGGCGAAUCAGCCGAAUACUCUCACUGCGAUGGACUUCGGCACAAUGGCAGCCACGUCAUUGACACGGCACGCAUCUUCAGCACCAGCACCUGGCAUGGAAAUCCAGGGCUGCAGGUGACCCUCAAGGAGAUGCUGACCUUCCAAGGCAAUUGGUCUUGUGAGAUACAGAUCAUGCGGGAGCAGGAGCUGGAAGGAUCCUGUAUCAAAGUGAACGGAAAGAUGACUGUGAUUGCCGCGAACGCCAGCUUCGUUGGCUGCAGAAACAGAAUGCAGGACGGAGAAGGCGGAGCUCUGUUCAUCCAGCGAGGCUUUAUCGUCAGCAACAGCGUCGUCAAGUUCGAGAACCGUGCACGCGUGGAGGUUGACUUCACACAGGGCCCCAACAGCUCCGCCAUCUUCCGUGGCGGCCCGAGUAUCACCGGCGGCACAGUACAUCACGACGGUUCGCUCGCUUUCGAGGAGUGCAAUGCCAGCGGCACGGGCGGCGGGCUUUACAUGGUUGGCGGCCUAGGACACUUUAGAAAGCUGGUUUUCGAUCGCUGCGAUGCUGACAUGACUGCAGCUGCCUUGGCUGCAAUUGCAGCCUAUGGCACAGAAGCGGAACUUCGACUCGAGGAGCUCUCACUGUUGAGGGGCAGCGAAGGCAACGUCAACGACAUCGCAGUCUCAGGCCUCUUGAAGCUCGGCUCCGUUCACCUGAGUAUGGAGUCGAGCUCCGGCAUCUACAUCUCAGCACACAACCUUUCUCUCGAAGACGCGAUGAAUUGUGCGAACACCUCCGCUUGCACCUUCUAUGCGAACGCCGCCACAAGGGCCGGCUUCCUGUGCCGCUUGGGCACAGGGUGGGUGGAUUUCGAAGGUUUGCAUGAUUUCGGAUGCCUGGCAUGCAAGCUAGGGGACACGCAGGUUCUGAACGUGACGAGCGCCCCGAAGGGGCAGGCUCAUGGUGGAAUUGGAGGAUGUCAAGCGCAGCAGGCUGCCUACCCUGAAAGCGAAGUAUCCCAGGGCAGGGUGCGCCUGGCAAUGUGCGCAGAUGGCUACCGGGGCCAAAGCUGCACGAACUGCAGCGAUGAGCACGCCAUGGCGGACAGCAGUGUGUUCUCGUGCACUGCCUGCAGCAAAGACCGUCGUGUGCAGGCGGUGCAGUGGAGCACGUUCCUGUCUCAGCGCGCCUUCCUUUUUGCAAUCGGAGCUCUGAGCGCCUUUGGAGCCAAGAAGGCUGGGGACCUGAAGCAAAGCAGCAUCUACCUGAACCAGCUGAUGGCCUUCGCCACGAUCUCCAACACGAUCCUGGCUGCCGUGUUGCAGACACAGACGGCGAAGAACAUCAAAAGCGAUGCCGCGAAUUUCUUCUUCAACGCUGCUGUGCACACCGCCGAGGCAGCUUCCGGACAAGGAUCUGUACGCAGCGCCUCCUCACAGUGUCUUUUGUCUUACCUCGGCUACGAGAAGACCUUAUGGGGCAGUCACCUGUUGGAUAUCGUUGUGGCAGCCGGGCUCAUUUCAUCGCUGUCCUUGAUGAAGGAUUCUCGUGUUGCGCUCAUCGCAGGCAUGAACUGCUUCCUGCCCACAAUAGCUGCCGAUUUCGGGAAGUACUUGGUGUGCUACCGCCUGCGGCGAGAUGACGUCUCCGGGCUCCAGGGCCUCAACUGCCCUUUCCUUCCUGGAGGUGCUGGGCUCGCCAGUGCGACGCAGGUGGUGGGGGGCUUCAGUCUGCUCAUGGUCGCCGCUGUUUGGACAUGGCUCAGCUUUUCCACAUCCGAGGAGGAUCCCAAACCCAGCCACGUGGUCUUCCUCACCAGCAAGCGCAGAUACGCACUCUUCGAGACGGAGCGCUUGAUCAGGAAGACGCUCUUCACUUUCAUCGGUGCCUUGCUGCCCAUCCACUCCUCGCCAGCGUUGCAAAUGGGCUGCCUAGGCAGCCCCUUACCACUCGCCGGAGUGGAACUGGAUCGAAAUCUGGUUGCUCUUCGCUGCGGUGGUGAUAGCAUUGCGGCGGUGGCAAGUGCCAUCAUGGUUUUUCGAAUGAUCCAAGAGCUGGAGGCAUCGGAGGCGAAGCCGGAGGUCUCCGAGUACAGCAAGUGGAUGGAUGGCGCUGAGAAGGUGCUGGCUGAGGCCGACGACUUCGACGAGGUGCUCAAGGAUGCGCCCGACUUCCCGGAUGACGACAACGAGCCGGCGAGCCCAGCGAGUUCUCCGUCACCGUCGGCGUCCCGCAGCAGUGGCUCGGGGUUCUGGGAGCAAGUGAAGAGGAAAUGGGGCGAGAAAUGGCAGAACUUCCGGAACUGGGCCUUCGGCAGCCGGAGUCCCGCCGAACGCGCCCUGGACAAG